AUGUUACCAAGCAAUCUUUACAGUACAUAUCGCCAAUACAAGCACGACACUGAUGUCGUGGCCUCGUGGCUAGCCCAGACCGGAAAGACGCUGGGCUGCGCCGCCGAACUCAUCGCUUCCAACUCGGCCUCUCCCGCAAAUCCCAACCUCAAAAGCGCUCGCCUCAAGGGCAAAGCCCGAAAAUCGGCAAAGCCUCAUGCUGCUGCAGAAGCGCACGGGCAGGCCAAAGGCCUCUCGGAGAGGCAGAAGUAUGUGCUUGCGCUCAAAAACUUUGUGCCGCUCGCCGAAUUCAUCGGUACCAAGUUGAGUGAGGCAAGGGUUGUUGAGAUUCCGUCCGUUGUUCCAGUUGCUAUCGAGCGCGCCAUCACGGUGCGCAAAGGUUUUGCCCGGCUCCUCCAGGAUCAUGGCCGCGCCCUGGAGCUUGAGUCCAAUGAAAACCACUCCUACUUCGUCUCAGUCUUAGAGAAGGUUCGACAUAUCCUCGAGCCUCUGUUCAGAGACUCUUGGGUCAGGAGGGCUCUCCCCAAGCUACCCAAGACAACAGCUAGCACCAAUCCGUUUGAUCUUCUCGAAUUUUAUGAUGCUCCCGAUUUUGACCUCGCAGGAGACUCUACAGGUAACUCGAAGGAAGCGGCCAAGGGCAAGGAAACCGUCGAUGAGGGCGUCAUUGUUGAUUAUGAAGCUGAAGACUCUGCGUCCUCUCUCGUCGCCUUUGCUACCCUCUUCCGCGAUGUCCGCGCUCUCCGGAUGCAGGUCAGAAGUCUAUGGGCUGCCUAUGCCAAGGGCGAGCUCUCUUUGCCUUCCGUGGCCGUUGCUACAAACACGGCCAUCAAUAUUGCCCGAUUUAUGGAGGAAGAUGCUGCUGAUAGCGUCCGCUUAAACAGAGACAAAAAGAACCCCAAGGACUGGGCACUGUUUUACUGUCAAAUGGCUACCAGUAGUCAGGGCAUUGAUAUUACCGAGCGCACUCCAGGCUGUGACAUAAAUCUCAGCGCCUUUCCCAUGCUGGACGAGUCCAUGACCAUCGCCUUCAUUCUUCUCGAAGCAUGGAUCAGCCAGGCACGGGCGUCAAGCGAGGUGGUGACUUAUAACGGCAAGUUUGGCUGGUAUGAUCUGACGAUCGACUAUGAUUCGGCACCGACGGACGUCAAAUGGCAGCAAGAUAAAGCUGCUUUCUUGGAGGUUGCGCCCCAAUUCGAUCUCAUGGGAAGGUUUAACACCACUCCGCCAGAUGCCCUCCCGGAAGGAUUGUAUUCCGAUAUGCCCGUUGAGGACGAACUCUUGCGCGGGCUUCGCCUUCUCCUUACCCGGAAAGAGAAGGUUCUACCCUUCUGGCUCGCGUUUGCCACCACCAUUCAUCUUGAUGUACGUCGCGUCCUGGGACGGCAGUCUGAGAAGCCGUUUUGGGCCAUGAUGCGGUACAAUAUGGCUAUCGAUGACAGUAUAACCCAAAAUUUGGAGUAUUACGAGAACUUGACCAUCAAGGGCUGGGAGCAAAUGCACGGCGACAGACAACUUAUAAAACUCCAAAAUGAGGCGCGCUGGUUCACUGAAAACCCACUCUACAAAGUUAUCGAGUCCACAGGACUCCUAACCUCCCGUGACAACAAAGAACACACCUUUCUUAAGAUGCAUCCGCUUUUCUGCGGUCUCUGGAUUCACUACAUCCGCACAACCUACCACCUCCUUGCAACCCAAUUCGAGCGCUGCUGGGGCGGGAUCCUCUAUACUGGCCAUCUCUACAAUGCCUUAUGUAACGAGGGGCUGAUCGACGACGCUGCGAAAUGGGACGACAUGGAUCUCUUCUAUCGUUUGCAAGGCGGUAAAGACAAGUUUUUUGUUGGCGCGGCACCCACAGAGCGGGACAGCUACCACAAACAGCUUUGCAUGAUGAUGGGCUUCUCAGCAACGAGCUUUAUCGCAAGCACCAGAAACAAGACACGGAAGCUCGUGCCCACUAAAGCAGGCCCACGCUCUCUUGUGGCUCAAGGUAAGGUAUCCUCCAUGUUUCAUAAUCAAUACAGGCCAAGCAUGGAAGGAAUCAAGCUUUCUGUGGAUGAUGUGCAAGCGAUCCUCAACAAGAAAAGUCAGAAUCCACAGAAAACACCUCAGGCCACCCCAUCGCAACUCAUCCACCAACUGGCCCUUGACAUUGAAGCCGAAAUUCCCGAAACUUCAGUCGAUUAUCUUGCAAUGCACAGACAAUGCUGGGACUUUUUGCGCAGUCUCGAAGGCGCCGUGGAUCCGUACUUUCGCCGGGUCGCCGGGCCAGGUUGGAUAGAGAGGGAGCAUCAGCUUCCCUUCGUGGUGGGCUACAUAUUCUCUACGGUGCUCGACCCCGUGGGAGGAGAAAGCAAAAUGACAGAGUUCCUGGUCCUUGCUUCCAAAGUGUACAAAGAGGCGGUUGCACCCUAUCGCAAGGACGUGACUUUUCACCUCGAAACUAUCCAGGACUACGACAAAAUGCUUUCUCACCCCGAAGACAAAUUUCUGGGACCUAUGCUGAAUGAGUUGUCUCUUGAAGAACCAGAAGAUGAGGAAUGGGUCGAUUCGGAAUUUGAAGAGAUGAUGGAAGCCGAUAGAGAAAUAGACGCCAUGUGCCGAAAGUUCGACCCGUUAUGGGACGAACCGGAAGAUUGA